AAAAAUACUACGGCCACCCUAAUAUUUGUACAACAAAAACUCGCGCAAUUUGCAAAACAUAAACAAAGGUCAUGGAGGAAAACCAAUCAAAGCCGGAAACAAAGGCACCUGUGCCGAAAAACGCAGCUAAAAAUGGAAAAUUAUCACGAGACUGCAAGCUGAAGGUUCAAAGGAGUUUAAACAGAAUGGGCUACUCGCAAGCAAUCCUGCUAGAAGCAUCCAAAUACAACAAUCAAAACUACACAAAUGAAGUAUUUCACUAUGUAACCGACGCUAUCGCCAAAGGCGAGGAAAUGGUGAAAAAUCGCGACUCUGUCAGCCUGAAUAACAUCACCCAGUGGCUGGAACUGAUGAAUAGUGCCCAACUUUCUGAUUUUUGUGAAUUCGAGGCAGCUGCUACUGUUAAUUCCAUAAUCCAGAACGAGACAAAGCCUUCGCCAAAGGAGUUACAUGGCAUUGACUUGAACGAAGCUUAUAAAUUUGUUGAAAAUGCUUUGAUGGGCCAGCCGCAGAAGAAGCUAAGUGAUACCACCAAGGCGUUUCUGUGCAGGGAAAUCGAGCUUCUUAUAGCGGACGCCAACACGGACGAGUCAGAUGAUGUGGCCCGCAGCAUGGGACAGUGUCUAUGUAACCAUCAGAUCUUAGACUAUAUGGAACAGCCGAACAAAUGCAGCUUAGAUCCGCUUUUUCUGGAUGAAAAGCCAACGCAGGGAUUAGAAAGUUAAUAAAAAUUAAGGCAUUUGUAUCAUUUCCACACAUUUAUUAAACAUUUAAAUUCAA